GGCUCCGCGGCGCCCUCGCCCGCCAGGCUCUCCGCCCGCCGCCCGCGCCCGGCCCGGCGCCCCGGCCCGCCGCCCGCGCUUCAUGGCUGCGCACGAAUGGGACUGGUUCCAGCGCGAGGAGCUCAUCGGGCAGAUCAGCGACAUCCGCGUCCAGAACCUGCAAGUUGAGAGGGAAAAUGUGCAGAAGAGAACCUUUACUCGAUGGGUAAAUCUCCAUCUAGAGAAGUGCGACCCACCCCUAGAAGUUAAAGAUUUAUUCAUUGAUAUCCAAGAUGGCAAAAUCCUAAUGGCUUUGUUAGAAGUCCUGUCUGGGCGGAAUCUGCUGCAUGAGUACAAGUCCUCAUCCCAUCGUAUUUUCCGGUUGAACAACAUAGCGAAAGCACUUAAGUUUUUGGAAGAUAGCAAUGUCAAACUGGUUAGCAUCGACGCAGCGGAAAUAGCAGACGGCAACCCCUCUUUGGUUCUUGGGCUGAUAUGGAACAUAAUUCUCUUCUUCCAGAUUAAGGAGCUCACGGGCAAUCUCAGCAGAAACUCGCCGUCUUCCAGCCUGUCACCUGGCUCGGGGGGCACAGACUCAGACUCUUCCUUCCCACCCACGCCCACCGCGGAGAGGAGCGUGGCCAUAUCUGUGAAAGAUCAGAGGAAGGCUAUCAGGACCCUGCUGGCGUGGGUGCAGAGGAAGACGAGGAAGUAUGGCGUGGCGGUGCAGGACUUCGCGGGCAGCUGGAGAAGUGGGAUGGCUUUCCUGGCCGUGAUCAAGGCCAUCGACCCCAGCCUGGUUGACAUGAAGCAGGCUCUGGAAGACUCCAUGCGGGAAAACCUGGAGAAGGCCUUCCGCGUGGCGCACGAGGCCCUUCACAUUCCCAGGCUCCUGGAGCCAGAAGACAUCAUGGUUGACACGCCAGACGAGCAGUCCAUCGUGACUUACGUGGCACAGUUCCUGGAACACUUCCCGGAGUUGGAAGCUGAGGAUCUCGUGGAUUCGGAUAAAGAAGCCCCUAUUGAAUCCACCUUUGUCCACAUCAAAGAAACCCCUUCUGAACAGGAGAGCACCAUCUUCCUUCUGACGGAGAAUGGGGAGCAAGCUUACACCGUCAACCACGAAGCCAGCCACCCGCCGCCCUCCAAAGUCUUUGUCUGUGACAAGUCCGAGAGCGCGAAAGAAUGCUACCUGAGUGUCAUGCCCAGCCAGGCACUCUCAGACAGCUCCACUGACUUCAUGCACCAGAUCAUCGACCAGGCCCUCCAAGAGGUCCCGGGGAAGGCCAGCAGCACCGGUGAGCCAUCUCCGGAAUCUUCCAUUUUAUCCUCCAGAAAGGACAACCGGAGGUCCAACUCUUUGCCAAUCAAGAAGACCGUGCAUUUUGAGGCUGACACCUACAAGGAGGCUUCCUGCAGUAAAGACCCUUUCUACAGUCCAGACCUUCGCUUUGAGGGGAGCCCGAGAGGGACAAAGGACUCGCUGAAGCAGGAUGGGGACGUCCUGGCAGCUGAGAUUGCCGAGGAAAAGCCGAAGCAGGAAGCCCCCAAGAUUCCGGAAGCGGCCUCUGAUGAGUCACCGGGGGUCGAGUCUUUGGUGGACAGGAAGAUCAAUCAUUCGCAGACUUCGGAGAGUUGUCCCUCCUGGAACGGGGCGCCAGAGGGUGCGGCCGGUGGGGGGAAGGAGAGCCGUCCCCUUUCACCCCUCGGGGACAACGCGGUUAUGGCCGAUUCCUUGGAGAUCAAGGUCCAGCUGCUGACCGUAGAAGCUAUGGCUGAGGAAGACUAUUUUGAAAGCACACCUUUAAAAGCCUCUAAGUUCAACAGCGACCUAAUAGAUUUUGCCUCAACCAGCCAGGCCUUCAACGAGGUUCCUCCGCCUCGUGAGAAGAGACCUGUCGAGGAAGAGGUUCCGGAGGAUCACGCUGAGAAACUGGGAAAGAGGAGAAGCAAAUCCGCGCACCAGCGCAAAGACUCGGACGAGUCCCCAGAGAGGCCGGACAAGCAGGAGCCCCACGAGGACCCUGGGCGAGAGGACCCAGGCUAUUCUUUGGCCCCCGAGGAGGCACCGGUGGAAAAAAAGCCGGAGGCGUACGAGAAGCCCAAGCGCAAGUCCGCGCGGCGCCGUCGGGGCGAGGACGAGGGGGAGGCUGCGGGGCCGCAGGGGCCGGACGGCGAGCUGCCCUCCGACCCUCCGAGUGGCAGCCUCAGCCUGGAGACCCUGCACAGCCGCAGCCAGGAAGGCCUGGACUUCAAGCCCUCCCCGCCGCUGUCCAAGGUCUCCGUCAUUCCCCACGACCUUUUCUACUACCCGCACUACGAGGUGCCCCUGGCUGCGGUUCUGGAGGCUUAUGCGGAAGGCUCAGAGGACCUGAAACACCGAGACCUGGAUCUGGAGGAGCCGGAGGACUAUCUGCAUGACCUGGGGGCCGGGGCCGAGGCCGAGGAGGCCGAGGAGGCCGAGGUCUCUUGGAACAGCUGUAGCUUCUCGGGGCCGGACGAGGAGGGCCCUGAGGCCGGCAUCCCGGCCCCGAGUACCGACAAGGGUGCAGAGGGCACCAGACCAGCCUUGGAGCCCGCACCCCCAGCCCCUCCAGAAGGCCACCAGCCAGCGGAGGCCGAAGAGAGCGGCCCUGUGGAGAGCCAUCAGUCCCAGGAAUCUGAAAACUCGGGAAACUUAGCAAACUCUUUAGAAGAAAAGGUAACGGGAGAGUCAAUCAGCAGUAAAAAAAAGGAAAAAAGGAAGCACGUGGACCACGUAGAAAGUUCAAUAUUUAUAGCACCCGGCACCAUCCGAUCCUCAGAGGACCUAGAAGGAGACACGGGUGACCACAAAGUCCUUUCCAGGACUAGUCACAGUGACUCCAGCAUUUACAUUCGACGACAUACUAACAGGUCUUUGGAAUCGGACCACUUUAGCUAUGUUCAGUUGAGGAACGCGGCAGAUCAGGAUGACAGAAGAAACCGAAUGUUAACCAGGUACAAUACUCAGAAGCUCACUGAGCUGAUAUUACAGUUUUAUGGCAUCAGAGCAGAUAUGAAGAAGGAAUGCAAACAUACCAGGAUGUCUAUGAAAGAAGGCCAACGACUCUGGCGAAGCCGUGUUCCAGGAGAGCCAGAGCUCACAGAGCGACUCUCUGACCCAGUUUGUCCAGCAGCCGGAUAUGAUGUAUUUUAUUCUCUUCCUCUGGCUCCUGGUUUACUGCCUACUGCUGUUCCCACAGCUGGACGUCACCAGACUCUGAUGCGUGUGUCUGCAUAAUAAAAAAAGGCUCCUGAGCGGGGGGGGGGGGCAGGAGUCUUGUCACUUCCCUUUUAUUGGGGUUUGGAUGGGCCACUCUGCAGACAGCCGAGGGCCUCCAAGGAAACAGCGUCCCUCUCCCUGCUGUCUCCAUGGGUUCCCUUCUCUCCUGCAAGUCCUAAGCACGCUUUUCUCGUCUGCCGCGUCCUCAAAACUCAGGUGUCUGUCUGGCUGGAGUCCCUAAGCGGAGCGUGUUCCUGCGUGCCUUGCUUUGGCAGGUAUGAAGCGUCCUUGCUAAUAUUUAGCCAUAGCUCGGGUCAUAGCUCGUCCUGCGUGCAGGUGUUGAUGGCUUUGAGUUACUUGCCUCUGAGAGGAGGGUCGUCCUGAUGGGAGGCGGCGGGUGGGGGGGGUGCCCCACGCGCAGAGCCUCCAUUGGGAGGAAAACUUCCCCGUGUUCCUCCCAGAGGUGGGCUUCGAGUGAAGGUGCUGGGUGUCCGUGCACCUGUCGGGGUCUGGCCGUCUCCGGGACCGUCCAUCUGCGAGCGGCAAACCCAAGGAGGAGAGUGAGGGCUGGUGGUAGGCUGGUCUUUUUUUUUUUUUUUUUUUUUUUUGGCGGGGGGACAGAGAUGUAAAUUCAGUUUUGUAUUGAUUGAAUUAAGGUUAAAGCUGUGAUUUUCAAAGAGUUUUCGCCAACAGCACCCUCUUUCAGAUGAAUUCCUAGCAGGGGAGGGUCUAGCUGGUGCAUUAAAAGCUGAGCUCAGCCGACACAGGGCCGGACCUGGGAUCCCUCCCGCUUUGCCUGGGCAGCGUCCCCAGCAUCCACGACAGCUCCUGAGGCCUCCGGGCCGAUCUCCAAGGCCCCACAGGGCACUGCAGAGAGCUCUUUAAAAGCCCCAGGAGGAGUGCAGGAACGGCUGGGCUCAGAAUCAGUCCCGGCUGACGUCAGAGCUACAAGGGGUCCGGCAGGCUCCUGCCCCUUGUGCACACCAGUCUCGGCACAGGCAUCCUUACUGGUCGGUCAUAAUGGGAUUCUCGAAAAGACUUUCCGGAAGGUACCCGAACAAGUAGACCGGAACAGGCAGUUUGUGAGGAGACCUCCCCCCACCCUCCCAUCUUCCUUCAGCCCUGCACCACCCUCCACCCCCGUUUCCUGCCAAGAUGUAGGUCCUGGUGACUCGGUUUUGCGUCCUCCCCCGCCCCGUGGUCCUCCCCUCUCCAAGCAGGACUCAUAAAAAUCACAGACUCUUAGGUCAGGAGAGGCCCUCAGACAGCCUGUUGUCUGCUGAACCCAGAGAGGCAGAGCGGGUGGACCGAGGUCACACAGCAGCCAGGAGCAGACUUGUAAGCACACUCGUGCCCCCUGAUGCCGGGUCCAGAGCUGUCCCCUCUUUGACAAACCUUGUAUCUGGCCCAGGAGUAUCCUGGAAAGAAGAUGAGGUGAUUAGAUAAAAAGGUCCUCGUUUAGACAAAACCAAAAUGUGGGGCCAGCCACAACCUUUGCCUUGUUCUCGUGUUUUUCCCGGGAGGAAGCUGCAUUCACUUUCACGCUCGUCCCCCGUGACUUCUGGAGUGCCCUUGAUAGCUCGGAUAGCUUGAUAGGUGACAAGCCAGCCGUCGUUCCUCCUGCAGAGAUCACGGUUCUCUCUUGGCAAGCCCAGAGGCUUGCUCACUUCAGGGAACGGGUUUCAAGUUUACAGAAUCCCAGCACGGCCAAAAGAAUUUACAGAGCACGUUUUAGUCAACGACAUUCCAAGAUCCCAUUCCGGUGACAGCCUGCCUCGUCUCCUCCUUAGUUCUUAGAACGAAUCCGAGCCUUCCGAGCUGAAAGCUGCCGGGAGCUUGGAGUGGUGCCAUCGUGAAGGCCAAAUGUGCCAUGGAAAAUGAGCUAAUUAACGAGCUCUUUGGCAUCUCUGAAAGCUAGGAUACAGAUAGUAAAGAAUACGUGUGUGGUAUUUUGUAACCCUGGACGCCACGCGGUCCUUGCCUAAACUAGAUGCUGGAAAGGCCGGGGAGGAGCCCAUCCAAACACGAAUCUUACGGGUCUAGACCUCGUUCAGAAAAAAAAAAUCUCCGCAGGUUUCUUCUCUCACCCAUUACAACGUGUAAUAUUGUUCAAAACCACCCACUGGGGAUGGGGUGCCUGGGUGGCUCAGUCGGUCGAGCGUCCGACUUCGGCUCGGGUCAUGAUCUCACCGUUCGUGGUGCAAGCCCCGCGUCUGGCUCUGUGCUGACAGCUCGGAGCCCGGAGCCGGCUUCGGAUUCCGUGUCUCCCUCUCUCUCUGCCCCUCCCUUGCUCGUGCUCUCUGUCUCAAAAAUAAAAACAUUAAAAAAACAUUUUUUUUUAAACCGCCCACUGGUGAGAUGCCUAAAAAUCGUUUGAUUCAGGUUGGCUGUAAACAGAUUUUUUCUUUAAAGGCAAAAAAAAAAAAAAAUUCUCCAUUUGAGUAUAGGCUUAUACGGAAGAGAAAGUUGGAUAUAAAAGGUGAAUACAGAAGCCCGCAAGACAAACCACCCAUGGCUUUUCUUUUCUUUUCUUUUCUUUUCUAAGAGUCAAUUUUUAAUUCUUACCCGAGUAAUACAUAUUCAUAGUUUUUUAGUCAGCGUAGGUGCAUAAAAACCGUUUGCUCCUGGGCCAGGUGGUACAUAACCGUGGGUACACGGCCUUUCUUGCCCAAAUUCUCCCUCCCGGUUUGAUCAUCUUUUUGUGUGUCUUUGUGUUUGCUUGUGUGUUGCUUUGGGUGUGGCACAUUCUUUAGUAACUUCCUGAGAAAUGUAACCUGGGAAGUCAACAUUUAACUACCUUGAGGUUGUGCAUACCUUAACACGUCUUGAUUCUGCCUGUACCCAAGUAUAACUGGGUGCAGGAUUUCUGGUGGAGAAUAACUCUCUCUUACCCGCCUCCCUCAGGGCAGUGGUUGACAUUUCUGGCGCCAUCUGGAUGCCCAAGCCUCUACGUGAGACUUGGGCUUCUCCCCACCUCCCAGGAAGCAUUCAAGUUUCCUUCUUUCUUAGUGGUCCGAGCUGUCCUGAUGGUGGUGUGUCCUCUACAGUGUGAACCUCAUGCUGGGUUCUCUUGGGAAGUUUCUUAAAUCUUCUCAUAGUGGUUCACAUCCUUUCUUUCUGGACCACCUGUUAUUCCAACGUGGGACCUUCUGCGCCAUAAUCCUUUAAUAUUUUUUUUCUUUUCCACUUGUCGUCUUUUUAUUUGGGGGGAUCUGGCUUCAGGGCAAGGUACUCAGCUCAUCUUCUCACACGCCUGAUGAAUAUGGUGAAUGCUUAAUUUCCAGAACAUUUUGUUGCUGUUCUCCUGUUUCUGUUUCAUAGUGUCCUGUUCUUGGUUCGUGGCUGCAGAUCUUCGCCGUCUGGGGAUGUUCAUGAUAGCGGGUCUGGGGAAGUUCUUUCCUGCUCCCUGUAUUGGCUCUGUUUUCUCGAAGUCCCCUUUCUCUUGGUUAGUCUCGGGCUCCGUCUUUCACAUCACGGGCUUUCUUCAAAUAUCUGGUGGUUCUGUGGAUCCAUUCGUACUGGAGAGUGACACAUCCGAAAACAGGCUGGAAGACUUUUGUCAACCGGCGGGCUUUUCUGUAGGGGCACCCAGUUGGCACCUGACGUCUUCAUGAGAAGGCCCCCAUAUCGAUUGUAGGUCUUUUCUCUGGGGCUAAUUGUUUCUUUACAGAUAUUUUCACUUCUCUCCUGCCUGGGAAAGAGGAACAUACUAGAGCUGCUAUGAAGUGUCCUCUUACAGUUUCUAAAAAAGGCAUUCCCUCCGGGUGAAUGGCUUCAAGAAAGAUGCCUCCGCUGGGCAGAAGCCACCCAUAGGCACUUGGCCUGGCUGGCAGAUGGCAUCUUUGGCCCCUUUCUCUAACGAGAUGUAGACCUGAGCGAGGGCAGGGCUUUAGGAGCAGAGCAAGGACUAGAUUUGUACCGCCCAGUCGUUCCCUCAGCCGAGCGCCUUUGUGCAGUGCUCAGACUGUACGGCUGCACCCGGAGAUCCUAGCGCACGCCCGCGUGCUCGCGUCCUGACCCGAGCGGGCAGUCUCUUCACAGUCUGUACUUGGACUCAUUGAACUGCUCCUGCCUCCCUGUGCCUGGUGUCCGUGGGUCGCAGCUCCUCCGAUCCCCCUGUGGAGUAGGACCGCAGCUGUGACAGCUCAGUGGCAUGUCUCCGCCCGUGUGCGGUGGUCGGGUCCUCUGCCCUGCCCUCCUCUCCAGCGGUGCUGCCCCUGCCACCAACGGGGUGGCAUCUUUCACCCCCUCGCAUCCCCUGUCCGUCCCAUCGUCUUCAUGAGCGCAGAACCUCUCUCUGUUCCUUUGCUCUUAUUCUCUCGGGGGUCUCACGAGGGAUGAAAGGAACCUGCGUGUUCAACACCCCACCUUGAAGCUUCCCGUCCGAGUUUCGGAGCUUCCCGUCCUGUCCUGGCCAGACCUGGCCUCUGUGGGGAGAGGGGCUCCUGCCAGGACCUGGGACCAGGGAGUUUACUGUCACCGCCCAGGACAGCCACCUGGGCACGCACUGUGUGCCUGCUCCUUGUAAGGCGAGCACACUUUAGAAGGCUGCCUCUUUGGUCAGUCUUUAGAAGUCGGAGGAUAUUCGACAGCCUUAGGCAUCUCGUAAGGGUCUAGCACUUUAUCUAAGCAAUCAGAACACUGAAGGCCAGGAAGGGGAUGUGACUAGUCCCACUGCUAGUUAGUGACCCCAGUAUGGUCAUCGUGAUUCCCAAUUACUUUUUUUUUUUUAGUUUAUUUUGAGAGAGAGAGCGCGCGCGCAUACGGGCGCAGGGGAGAGGCAGAGAAAGAGGAGAGAGAAUCCCAAGCAGGCUCCGUGUUGUCAGCACAGAGCCCGACACGGGGCUCGAUCUCACAAACCGUGAGAUCAUGACCCCAGCUGAAACCCAGAGUCAGAUGCUUAACCGACUGAGCCACGCAGCACCCCCCCACCCCCCCCACCCCUUCCGGUCACGUUUUCUGCAAAACUACAUCCUGCAGCCACUGAAGGUGCCCUGCCCCUCCCUCCUUGCCAAGGACUCAGAACAUCGCGACGCCAGUCUCUCAAACACACAUCCGAGUAAACAAGAAUGUGUCUUACCGAAUAUCGCAAAUCACCAAAGCUUCUUUGGUAAGAACUAUUCUCCUUCCGUGGUUAUGUCGCUUUCCGAGCCUCUUCCUGUCUCUUUCCGAGUGCAGUCACACGACGGGACUCGAGGGCCCGCCGGAGCUUUGAGAUGUGGCCUCUCUGCUUAGAGACCUUCCUCUGAGGUCUCUGCCGAAUUACCCAGCUCUACUCAGCUUCACGUCCUGAACCCCCCCCCCCCCCCCCGUGUGGGCUGCGUGGGAAUCCCAAGCCGGCGUGGCUUCUCAGAACCUUCUCGGCGAUGCUCUUGCCGGGAAGCAAACACAUAGAGCCCUCCAGGUCCAGAUGUGCUCUCUCUCGCUGACGUUGCAUAAUCUCGGCUAAAACGGCCUUUGGGGGAAGAUUUAACGUGUUGGGCCCGCAGCUGUCCCAGGGACCCCCCCCCCCCCGCCACCCCCCGAAUAGCAGGUUACACCUCUGGCCCUUGCAGCUGGUGAGCGGGGCUGCUCCCAGGACACAGUCCAGGACCCGGGGCGAGACGCUAAAGGCUGAGAGCCGGCAUGAACGAGAUCAUGCUUCUUUGCCGAAAAUUGCCACAGAGUUUGCCCGAACAGUUAGCCAGGGUGAGGGAGCCACGAAAGGAGACAUAACUUCCCUGCCGAACGGGGACUCCACAGAUCUUUCGACCCCACCUCUCAUCAGGCAUUUCCUUGCGGAAGGACGGCAGUUUAGGGAAGUUUAGGGAGCCUGGUGCCCGAGAAGCAUGGCUUUGGGGUGAAUUGUGCCCCGGAUCUAACAUUUCUGUCGUGUGUAGACCCCGUGUGUUUAGGCUCGGGCUUGGGGUGAGUUUGGCCGAGUAAUUGGGCGAUUCCCGGGUACUUGGGAUCUCCGGCUUCUCCGAGAGCCAGCGGAGGACCACGGGGGUUCCUGUGCACCCCGGCCUGUCCUAGAAUCUGCAGGACCACCUCCCUUCCCCCCGCCUUCCCGCCCCGUUCCGCAGACCCUGGAGACCGACUUGUUUGUGUUUACAAUGUGUUCGGAGAACCUUGAGGAAAACACAUCAAGCAAGCAGUUCUCGCUGGCCGAGGGCCGUCCCAUCAACAAGCCAGAAAGACAACUAUUUAUCUUGUGCUGUUUGACCACGCUGUUCUUAAAUGCGAGCACAACUCAACCCUCCGUGGGCCCAUCCCGCGGCUAACCUUUUAAAUUGCCGACGCCCUAGGUUUCAUCCCGCAGGGGUCUGUCCGGCUGAAACCAUUUUCCUUAAAUCGUCACUCCCUUCGUCCUCUUCCUCCGGGAGGUACUGUGGGAUGGGGAAAGCGCAGGUUUGGGAAUCAGCCAGAUCUAGGUUGGAGUCCCCGCUCGGUCACCUGGUAUCGGCAUGACCAUUAAGCCCUCUGGGCGUCUUCUGUGCGGAGUGGCCCCCACGUACACACUGGUUGAAUGAAGAAUGCUUCCCUGCAAAUCUGCCGCGAGGCUGGGAAGUGUCCAAUAGCUCCUUGCUGUGCAUCGCCUUCCUCUCCAAGCUUUGCAGACGCCCUCUUUCCUUAACGUUCCAUUGACCGGAGCUGCUUUGCAGCCUCUCCCGUCUGCCUUGCUCCCUCCUGCUGCUCUGUCUCCACUCUAACCCGAGCCUUUUAAAGAGGAAGUUGCAACCACCGUAUACCCAUUACUCCCCGGACCCUCAGCACAACCACGGGAGGUCAGUUCAGAGAUGAAGCUAAUGCCUAGGGAGGGGAAAAACAAACAAACAAACGAAAAAAAAAAAAACCCAAGGUCACAGAACCAGGAACAUAGGACUCUUGUUUGCAAACCCUGAUUUUCGCCCUGGGCUUCACUGCUUAGAAAAUAAAGUCCUACCCUGACGAGGUUCUGAUUCUUGAUGACUUUGGCCUAGUUGGCAAGUGUGGGUGGAGGUUCCCAGAGUCGGGAAGGUGGGAAACUGGGUUAGCCCCAUUGUCAUUCCCCACCGUGCGUCCUUCUUCCCCCUCCCAAGUCGCUGCACUUACUCCCAAGCCCAUAUCAGAACCGCUGAAGUGUCCCCUUCAUGCUUGCGUAAAAAUGACUGGAGAUGCCCCAAGUUCAUGUUUUAGCCUGGGGUGGCAAAUUUGCAGCCAAACUCAUGGCCUCUAAAGAACCUCUAGCAGUAAAAUCUCAGCGUCUAACCUCACAAACUUCAGCGACCCAUUACCUCUGCAUCCUGCCCCAGCUAAUCACCUCUCCACCUGCCAACACAUGCUUUUCAGAGCCGGAAAUUAGGCUCUCUCCUUCCAAAAACAAAUACAUUUCACGGUGCUGGGCAGAGCACAAUUAAAGUGGGGUUGGAGGAGUCAGAGAACUUGGACGAAGUCUUAAUUCGUGGGUCCGUGACCUAGAAAUACUUAUUUUUCCUUGAAGUUUAAAAGUUGUGAUUUUUGUAUUCUUGCAAAAACGGAAAUAUCUUUUUGGUUUAUUCCACGCACGUCAGCGACCGCUUCCCUUAGCCCCACCUGAAGUCAAUAGAAUGUUCUCCGCAAGACGGUGCUACAAAUGCCUGUGUUUCUAAAUGCCCCGCAAGGAUUGAAACGCGUCCUUAAAGGAAACUCUCUGUAACCUAGAGAGUUGACAUGGUUCCAAAGUAGGACGACAGUGGUCUGAGCAUCAGGAACCCACAUCCAGGCUGUGGCUCACCUGCUGUGACACCUUGAGUAAUUCACUUACCUCUCUGGGUCAGAAGUUGGAAGAUCUGUUAGAAAGUCCUGCCUAGGUUUAAACACCCAAAGGGUUAGCAAGUUCGAUGGGGUUUUUUGUUUUGUUUUGUUUUUUAAGCUCAGUAAGUGACCUCUUUGCUUAAAAGAAAUGCAUCUCUGUAUUUUGUAAGUGAAAUCCAAAGCUUAGAACGUUGCUUCCGGCUUUAGUAUCUGAUAAAGGUGCCUUCAGGAAGGGUUUGGUAAAACAAAGCGUAGUCUGUUAGAGGUGUGGGGAUGAAAGUUGGGAGGAGGGUGGGGGAGACCUGCUUCCUAGGGCUCCCGGACCUGAACUGGUCUCCUUAACUUAGGUCCGCACAGAAGGCAGUUUCCCGGGGAAAUCUGUUCCAAAUGUCAAAGUUCAGCAGUGAGAGCAAAGAGCUGUAAACUGGACCUUUCUUUCUGCACUUCCCAGCUUCCGCCCCUUUCCCUAGCAGACUCCAAACAGGUAGAGAAAUCUCAGUGGACUCCAGCUGUGUGCAUUCUAACAUGGGACCCCUGGAGCCAACGAGGGACACCUCCGGGUCGAAUGUCCCUGAGCGGGUGCUGUACCUGUGGGGCGGGGGUGGAGGGAUUUUGUGCUUGAAAUUGCACCGUAAGAUAGUGCCUGCAUCACCUGCGUCGGAGCCAAAGACAAGUCGGAAAAAAUAGUUUUUCGCUACCAUAGGACAUCGUUGGGGGCAAAUUACUAAGCCUGGCCGUGGUAUCUUCAGAGCCUGUCCUAUUGGAUGGCGACAGGAGUUUAUUUCAAGGUCUGUAAUACGUUUAACGGAUUCAAUGCUACCAUUUCUUUCAAUGUCACGGCAGAGCUUCCUGGACAAAUGUCUGAACCUUUUUACUGAGGGCGCUAAGAGAUUUAUUGAAAAAAAGUGAAAUGUUAUUUUGUAGAACAGGGAUUAUUUUGUCUAUUUAGUACAUACAUAUAGCCGUAGCUUUGUAAAAAGGGGUCUUUGUAAAAAGAAAUGGUCUGAAUGUGCACUCUUAUUUAUUGAUUAUUGUAAAUGAAGAUAUAAAUGACUAUUUGCAUAAUUUAUACCUGUGGGAAAUUCACUGGAGUAUUUGCUAUUUGACCGUUUUUCUAUUAAGGAACAGCAUAGGCCCGGUGCUACGACGAAUGGUCUCGGAAAAUCACGUGUAUUCUUAAGAAAAUUUUUAAGUGUAAACUUCACGAACCGUC